UGAAUAGCUGAUCAGCGCACGAAAGCAAUGAAAGGGAGCCUUAGCCAUGAGUUGGAGACUGGCCUCCCCGCAGCCGAGGUGUGGGAGGUCUAUGGGGGCCUCCUUGUCGGCCAGUUGGUUCCUCAAUUGCUUCCUCACAUGCUCUCAAAGGUCGAGCUUGUUGAAGGAGAUGGUGGCAUCGGCACGGUCUUGCUCCUCACCUUUCCUCCUGGAAUUCGUGGUUUCGAAUAUCAGAAGGAAAAGUUCAUCAAGAUUGACAAUGAGAACUUUGUCAAGGAGGUUUUAGUAGUAGAGGGAGGUUUCCUGGAAUGUGGGUUUCAGAAAUAUUUGGUAAGGAUUGAGAUCAUAGGGAAUGCGGAUAAGACUUCUGUGAUAAGAUCAACCAUCGAGUACGAAGUAGGCGAUGAGCACGCUGCAGGAAGCGAAUCCUUUGUCAGCACCAGCAUUUUAGCUUGUGUUGCUGAGGCCAUCACAAAGUAUAUCAAGGCCAAUCCGAGCGCCGAGCAACCAGCUCCCAACCAAGCUUCAUAAGAACAAAUUAAGCAUUCCACCAGAUCAAUGUAUGAAAUAGUUAAGUUCGAGAGACUUCCUUUGUAAUUUGUUAAUCAAUUACUGCUUACGUUUCUUGUAUGACAAUUGUCCCAAUUUGCUGCCAUGUUCAUAAGUCGA